AGAGCCCUCCAAUCGCGAGGAGAGGGAAGACGGGCGCCGGGCUGGAGCGCGGGACGGCACAAAAUGGCGGUGCGGCAACAGCUGCAAGAUCUGUUCCAAGACGCGCAGCCAUGUGGGGUCAUCGCGAUGGAGCGGCCGUCACCCGCCGCCGCCGCCGCCGCGCGGCCGCUGCGGUUACCGCCUUCCUCGCUGCUGACUGCGGGGCUGGCGACGCCCCCGCGUCGGGAGGGGCUGCUGCCCGAGGACUGCGCCGUGUUCCAGUGCCGCGGUUGCUGGGCGGUGCUGGGGGACUCGCUCCACCUCUGCGGGCAGGAGGAGCGGUGGCUCGGCCUCCUCGUCUGCUUCAGAGUCACCAGUGAUGUGGCCCGUGAGGAUUCGCUCAUGAUCGGCCUGGAGGGAGCCCUGCUGGGAUGUGCUUACAAUGUAUUAUCCUGUCGGUCAUGUGGCUUGAUCUUGGGCUUCACUCUUUAUUCUGCUUCCAGUGACCUGGCAUAUCUCCGAGGCUUCUUCUGUUUCUUCAAGGACAGCAUCAUCUGUUAUCUCUUAAAAAACCAGAUGAUAAUAGAAGCUUCUAAGAUGAAUUUUCCUGCUGUGACCUUAAAGCAACAACUACGGGAACUGAAAGAAAAGCUUGUGGAGGUGCACAUUCGCAUAGAAAUGCUGAUGAAGAAGCUGCAGAAACACUAAUAAAAGAAUAAUGAGGCAGAAAGGCAAAGCUCUGCAUUAGAUACAGUUGGCCUAUGGCCAGGAAUAUGCAGUAGUCAGGGUCAACUAAUCGUAUGCUAUUUUUAAGAACUGCUGGACCUGUUUCUGCAUCUAUGCUGAGUUUAUUCAUUAUGAUGAGACAAUGCAUCAGAACAGGUUUGAGUGUUGAUCUGUGAUCCCUUUCUGUGUACAGAAAGAACUGAAGCUUAAGGGCAUCCCUUUGAUCUAAAGGCAACACCUGAAAAUCUGACAUAUUGAAGUUAUGCUUGGAAACAUGCAGCACAUCAACUCGGAGACAGUAUAACUAUGACUUUGAAUCUCUCUGAUGACUUCAGGGGAAAAACAGCCUUUGAAAUACUAAAAUCAAGUUGCUGGAACUAUAGAAAACAUACUAACAGGAUAUUCAGAGGCGCUAUUAUAAAUUGAAUGUUCUUACAGAGAUCUGAAGUUCUUGUCCUACCGUUUCAUAUAUAGGGUUGUUCGUGGCAGUUUGUUGGUCAAGUGGCUCAUUAGCCAGAUCUGAUAUUCCAGGCACUGUUAAGUGGCCUCCUGAUUAGUUCUUUUAGAUUUGCUUGUGUGUGUGGCCUGCAAAAUGGUCAGAGGAGCUGCAUAGCGUGGUUAGCAUGUGAAUCUGGAUGACACAAUGCUGGCUGGAGGACAAGGUUUUGGAUUUAAAAUUUGUGGGCAGCCCCCAUGCGUUCCAGGUGCCCUGGAAGUGCAGCCCCAUGGCUGCACAGGACUGAGUCACAUUCUGGCAGCUCCAUGAAGCUUGGGCUGUGGAGCCUAUAACGGAUUUGAGCCUUUCUUUCUGGGGCUAAAGCUGUGAAACCAAGGGACAGUCUUUUCUUACUCGUUUCUGCUCAGUUGUGGGAACACUGCUCUGCUGAAGUUGUGAUGAUCUGCCCGCUGCCUUCCCUUGGCCACUCCAGACGUUUCAUAAAAAAUACCUAAUGGGUACUCAUUGGGAUCUCUGUUUUGAAUGGCUUCUGCUUCUUUGCAAACAUCUUGAAAGUAAUUUGGUGGGAAAGAAUGACCACCACUUACCCCUUGUUAUUGGGACAGAAUAUCUGUACCUUAUUGUUAGUUGGAAGAAUAAGAUUUUUUUUUUAUUAUUAAAUUAAAAUUGGAUCUUUUUCUCUCCCUUUGCUGCCUAAAAGGCUGAUGUCUUAAACCUUCCAUAAAGUUCAGAGGUUGUCUGUAGUAGUCUAGAGAGGAUUGUAUUUACUUGAUCAAUUUAAUUUCAGUGAUGUGACUUCCCAUUCCCUUCUGCUUCCAUAUAUGAUUGGCAGAUUGUGUUCCCUGUUGCAGCUGAUGCCAGUACUCACUGUAUUUUGUAGUCUUUGAUUUCUAAAAUAACUCUUAUGACGGUCUUGGAGCAGAGGGAUAAAACUCACUGCAAGGCACCUCAGAGGCUUUCGGUGGGCAGCUGGUACUUCUACUACUACUAAUGUUCACUGUGCUGUGUUUUGAUUAAGAGUUCUGGGUUGUCUCAUUUCAUUCUGAUUAAGCAAUAACAUAGAAUAUCAACAGCCAUUCUGCAGGGAGAGGAGGGGAGCUCUCUUUUAAGUUCUAACACUGUAUGAUAGCUGAGUUAUUUUUAUUCACGUUUUAUGGAUUUGACAGGCAUAAAUGCAAAAAUGCAGUGCUUUUCAGUGACAGCUAAAUUCAGGAUCUCAAAAGUAAAUGUUACGCUCUUACAAGAUCUGUCUUAUUGCCUGUAAUGGUAAGUGCUAUCUUUGCUAAAACGACCUCUAUCCUGAGCCCUUAGCUGGAAGGCUGUUCUUAAGUUGUCACUGUAUAUUCAUGUAAAGUUUGGAUUUGCUGUAUUUGAUUAUUUCAUUAUUAAGAACAAAGUUGUUUUAAAAAGUCAUGUUGUGCAGUGACUUCUGUGUUAUGUUUAAGGGCCUGUUGGUCUUUCGCUGGGGUCUUGUGACUAAACUCGUUUUGUGCAAGCACGUUCCCACCUCAGGUCAAUGUUUUCCAUUGUAUAACUUCACCUCUGUGUUACUUCCUCAGCGACAGCCCUUUUGUUGUUGCAUCAGUCUAAGAACCAUGACUGAUAAUGGGAUUACUCACUUUUGCCCUUUUAUUCUGGUUUCUGCAUUGAGACUAUUUCUUGCUGUAUGCUUUACAGCUAUACAGUAAUUGUGCCAAAUUGUCUUGCUGCAUUUAGCUGAGUGUCCAUCCCUAGAAGGUAAA